UACGAACGAGCAGCCGCCAUGUUGAGUCCGCUCGGCCCCGGAGGGACGUCCGGUUGUAAAUAGUAAAUGACGGUACCGCCCGCCAAGCCGCUCACAGGAACCGGACUGCAGCUGGAAGCUAUGAGCCGUCCGUCCUCUGCCGGAGCCGGAGGUGGAGGACUCGGGGGCGGCAAAGCGGGCGGAGGAAAGCACGGGGGACCGGGAGGAGCCACUUCCGCCGCCGCCGCAGCGGCCGGUGCCGUAGCCGGGUCGGGUUCGGCCGCCGCGUGUCUGCUUCCCUCCGCCGGCCUCCCCGGGCAGCCCGCCGAGCUCACGGCCCUGUUCGAGUGCCCGGUGUGCUUCGACUACGUGCUGCCGCCCAUCCUGCAGUGCCAGGCGGGUCACCUGGUGUGCAACCCGUGCCGCCAGAAGCUGAGCUGCUGCCCGACCUGCCGCGGCCCGCUCAGCCCCAGCAUCCGGAACCUGGCCAUGGAGAAGGUGGCCUCCGCGCUGCCCUUCCCCUGCAAGGUAACCACCGGCUCCGUGCGCGCCUGUCUGCUGACCGGUUCUGGAGCUGAUCUGAGCGGAGUCGUGCUGGUUCUGCAGGAACCCAACAUGGCCGGACCCACGGGUCGUUACAUGAGCUCUUCUGAGCACAUGCAGACGGACUGUCUGGUUCUCUGCGCCUCCAUGUUGUGUCCGGCGUCCUGCCUGCCUCUCCUCAGGGAGCUGGCUCAGUGGCGCUGCCUGCUGGGUUGGCACCGCCACCACGGAGUCGGGUCAUCGAGCGGCGCCACGGCCAGCGCCAGCCAGCAGCAGGGGUCAGAGGUCAGGGACAGAAACCGGCGACCUGUCGGACGCACCAGACCUCUGCCGGGCAGCCAGGUGAGUCCUGGUGAGACCUGCUUCUGGUUCCUGGUACUGACGAACCCACACUGA